AGCAAAAUUCCAAAAGAAAAGGAAAAAAAAUCUCAACUUUCUCUUUGAUUCUUCAUAAAAAUCACAUCUUUUCACUACUACUAAUCCCAACAGUUCUUGCCUGUUGCUGAAGAGAUUCUCUUGGGAAGGGAGUAGUCAUGUGCGUCAAGGACAAGCUGAACAACUCUGGAGACAUGGAAAAGCUGGACUUUUCUAAGCCCCAGAUGGGGAAAAGCUCCAGCCUUUCCAAUCCUCAUAUGGAAAAAAUCUGUGAGAACACAGUGGCGACAGAAGGCAAUGAAAACUUGUCCAAGGACUUUGUACCAAGUAUUCGAUCUGGGGAGUGGUCUGAUAUCGGCAGUCGUGAGUAUAUGGAAGAUACACAUGUAUGCAUUACUGAUCUUGCUAAGAAAUUUGGCUCUUGCUAUUUGGGCGGUGAUGUUGUUUCGUUCUAUGGGGUUUUUGAUGGACAUGGAGGCAAAAGUGCUGCUCAAUUUGUCCGUGACAAUCUUCCUCGGGUCAUCGUCGAAGAUGCAGAUUUCCCACUUGAGCUCGAAAAAGUAGUCACGAGGUCAUUCGUGCAAACCGACACUGAAACAUACUCUCGUCAGUCCACUCUUUCUUCUGGAACAACAGCACUCACAGCAAUGAUAUUUGGAAGGUCUCUUCUUGUUGCUAACGCCGGUGAUUGCCGAGCAGUUCUUUCUCGACUCGGGAUGGCAAUCGAAAUGUCCAAAGAUCAUAGGCCAUGUUGUCUCAAGGAAAGAAAACGGAUUGAAUCUCUCGGAGGUUACGUCGAUGAUGGUUACUUAAACGGGCAGCUCGGAGUGACCCGUGCGCUCGGAGAUUGGCAUCUUGAGGGGAUGAAGACCAUCGGUGAACCCGGGGGGCCAUUGAGUGCUGAACCUGAACUUAAAUUAAUAACCUUAAACAAGGACGACGAGUUCUUGAUAAUAGGCAGUGACGGCUUAUGGGAUGUCUUCUCAAACCAAAAUGCAGUAGACUUUGCUCGAAGAAAGUUACAAGAGCACAACGAUGCGAAGUUGUGCUGCAAACAGUUGGUCGAGGAGGCAAUAAGGCGAGGUGCCGACGACAAUCUAACGGCCGUGAUGAUCUGCUUCCACUUGGAUCCUCCGCCACCCAUAAUAGUCCAGAAAUCAAAAGUACGACGGAGUAUAUCUGCCGAAGGUCUCCAAAAUGUCAAGGGUCAUUUGGAAGGGCUACAUUGUUUCAAUUGAUCACAUUGUUUCGGCAUCGAAGUUUUUUUCCGUCUUUGAACUGUAUGUUUGUUUUAUUGAGGUGGCUCUAAUUGUAUCGUAGAUGUCGUAUCGCCGACGGAUCGAAUUGGAGAGUUUGGUGCAGUGGAAAAUGAGUAGCUCAUUUGAUGAGGCUGAUGUGUAUCAUUUAAGUGAAGGUGUAAAUAAGGCUAUUCUUGAUGCUGUUAUUAAGCAUCAUAUGAUGUUCAUAAACCAAUUGUUCAUCACUCUUCUGAUAAAAAUGCCAACUUUUAUACUUUAAUGCAUUUUCA